AGUCUAGGGUUUGUAUUACUACAGAGUCUUCUCUUCAGGUAGGAUGAUGAAGAGUAUAUGUCUCUGAGCAGGGUUCCUAAAAUCCUGACUCUGGUCCCCUUGGAAAGGGAGAUGGGGGAGGGGAGCUGCACCUCUGGCUCUAUAUAGAGUCUGCCCCGAGGUCACUCCCAACCCUUUUCUGGUCUUCCAGCAACCGUAGACCUCCAUGCUACUCCAAAUUACCGUGUUUCUCUGGCUGUUCCUGCCCUUCCCACCUCUUACUAGCAUUCUCUUGUUUUCAGCUACAUGGGGAAGCUUGAGCUGAGUUGGUAAUUGUUCUCAGGAUUGAUGCUGAAGUCUAGUUAGUCUCUUGGCGAGUGGGUUUGCCCUUAAGGACAGGGUAGGCCUCCUUGGCCUGGACCACACCUUUCUGUAUGUAGGAGGGAAAAGGGAGAUCACUUGCAAAACCUGGGGUGUGGGAGGCCUUGGUUCCUCAGGAUCACCUUGCUCCUCAGGGCUGAACAGCUGUUGUGGAGGCAGCAAGGGAGUACCCUAGUUCUUCCACGUCUCAGCUGGGGACAACUGCGGAUGGGAGAUGAGAGUAGCAUCCCUCUCCUCGCCCUCAAACCUGAAUUCGUCAGGUGCAGAGCACUAGGUUUUCAGCCUUGUCCUUUCCUUUUAUUUCUCCUUGUGUUCAGGCAAGGAGGAAUUUUGUUCCCUUAAGCCAGAAGAGAUGGCAGGAGAGAGUAAGCAGCCAGCGAAAUCCCAGUACUUCGGAAAAGCGGCUAAAAACACUGGUUUCACACUCGGGUCAGCAUACCAAGUGCAUGAUUUGGGGUUUCACUGAAAUCAAUUGCCACCGAUAUAGUAGCCACAGGCUGCUUAAGAUACAGCCCUUAUAGCCACAAAGAUACAAAUGAAGGUGGGCUGGUAGCCGUCAGGUCUGGGACUCCUGGGAGCGGCCACUGAGGCUCCCCCGCAUCCCCCAGGGGGCGCUGUGGGCGCCUCCGUCGCAAGGCCGGCGGCAUCCCCGGGGAGGAGCCUCUCCUGCAGCCGCCGCCGCCGCCUCUGCGAUCGCAAACCCGGAAGACUCCUCCAGCAGCUGGACUGUGCGGGCUGGCCCGGAAAGGCCAUGCAGCCCCUGGAGGUAGGUCUGGUUCCCGCUCCAGCGAGGGAGCCCAGACUGACCCGCUGGCUGCGGAGAGGCAGUGGGAUCUUGGCGCACCUGGUAGCUUUGGGCUUCACCAUCUUUCUGAUUGCACUGUCCCGGCCAGGAACCAGUCUUUUCUCCUGGCAUCCAGUAUUCAUGGCCUUGGCGUUCUGCCUCUGCAUGGCUGAGGCCAUCCUAAUCUUCUCGCCUGAGCACUCCCCAUUCCUCUUCUGUUCCCGAAAGGCCUGGACUCGGCUCCACUGGGCAGGACAGACCCUAACCAUCCUCUGUGCUGCCCUUGGCCUGGGCUUCAUCAUCUCCAGCAAGACCCGCAGUGAGCUGCCCCAUCUGGUAUCUUGGCACAGCUGGGUAGGAGUUGUGACGCUGCUGGCCACUGGAGCCCAGGCACUGUGUGGGCUCUGCCUACUUUUUCCCCGAGCAGCCAGGGUGUCAAGGGUGGCUCGCCUCAAGCUCUACCAUCUGACAUGUGGACUGGUAGUUUACCUGAUGGCAACAGUAACAGUGCUCCUGGGAAUGUACUCAGUGUGGUUCCAGGCCCAGAUCAAAGGUGCAGCCUGGUACCUGUGCCUGGCACUGCCUCUCUACCCAGCCCUGGUGAUCAUGCACCAGAUCUCCAGAUCCUACUUGCCAAGGAAGAAAAUGGAAAUGUGAGUGCCUCCAAACUGAACUUAGGAGGGAUACUUGCCAUGGACUUCAGUGGCUCCUUGGUGAACUUCAAGGGACCGAUUUCAGAAGUGGUUAGAUUUUUGUUCUUCACAACUGGGCCAGAGGCUGCAGAAACCCAAGCAUAUAUUAAUGAGCGAUGAUUCAGCAGGCAAAAAUAGGGAAAUGUACUGGGUACAAGUGGAAGGUGAUAGAGAGCUUGAACCUCAAGCCUCCACUCUUGCUGGGAAACAGAAGUAUUUGGUGGUGGUGGUGAUGGUGAUUUCCUGUGUGCCUGAUGAAGUGUUGGAUUCCUGCAAGUUAUGAACGAAAGACACAGAUAUUCGGGUCCCUUUUGAGAAAGCAGUAUGAUAUAGUGGAGAAAACCCAAGAGUCUUGCCUGUGGUCCUCUUAGGUUACUGUACCAUCUUAGGUAAAUUCUUUAUCUCAGGACCUCAGUUUUUUCAUCUGUGAAGUGAAUAUUUCUAAACCAUCUCUUAAGUCCCUUCCAUCUCUAAUCAGCGUUUUUCAAGUUGAUGUCACUGAACCUCCUAGCAGCUCUGGACUGUGUGGACCACUUAGCAGCCUCAGGCUAUAGCUUUUACAUUCAUUCCCUUUUUAUUCCCUUGAGAAAGAGGCCUGCCCUUGUAACCCUUCAGAAAUCUUGCCAAUUUGGCUCCUGGGCCAGGGCAUGAGAGAUCAGGCACUGUGGUGAAAAGGGGCCCAAGGGAAUGUCUUGUGGACUCCAAGACAGUAAAGGCACUAAAGCCACUUUAAAAUUUUUGAAGGAGUGAAGGGCACUGGCUUAUCAAGCUCUUAGCUUCUUAUAGGCUCCUUAGCUCAGCUAAGAACUUCCUUUAGCCCACCUUAGGAUCUGGCCUAUAAAACCUGGAUGUGCUCCAUCCCUUGACAUCCAUUCUCAGGGCAAAGUAGUCUUGGGCAUCUCAUGUUUUGCUCUUCUUAGGGCUCAGGGUCUUGCCUUAGCACAUAGCUUCAUGGAGCUAUUCUGAUGCUUUUAGAACAAAAUAAGGGCCAAGGAAGUGGGCAGGGCCCUUCUGAUCCAAGGAGAACAAAAGUCUCCUUGGUUCUCUUUCUCACCUCAUCAUCUAAUCUUUCCUUAGUUGUCAUCUCCUGUCAGCUCUUUGACCCAGGAGGAGGCUGGGUUUGGCCAGCUGGCAAAUGAGGGCUGGACUCUCUUCCCUGCAGAAAACCCUCCUUGUUCCAACUGAAAGUAGUUUCCCAGACUGCCUUCAGUGGUAAGGGCUGGAUGCCAGACUAGUUAGCUGUGGUCUAGCUCAUGCAGGGCAAUGAGACUUCCAUAGAUCGCGCAAGGACUAGAGACAACUGGCUUUCUAUAGAUACAACCCACUGGAAACUGAGAGGCCUGGGAGCUCCAUUUCCUGUGAUCAGGGAGAGGUUUUCUUUGAUGUCGGUAUCUUAAACGUCCCAGGCCUUCUGAAGCUUUAGGGCCUCCUCUCCAUGUGACUGAGCAAGCAGGUUGGUGUGAUUCAAUAGCAUAGGAAUGGGGACUGGGAGGGCUUAAGUAUUCUCAGCGGACCUCACAUGGCAUCUCCCAGGAACUCUCUAGGUGCUGAGCAUCUAAAGGAUGUGCAGAGGGUGACUGUCCUCUCCCUCCCUCACACUGCCCAACACGGCAUGAAGUUAGAGGCAAUGGUUACUGGGUUGCAUGGAGGAGAUUCUCGCCUAAGGUCGCUUUAAUCCAAGGAUUCCAUUUUUCCCCUAAUCAUGGCCAGUGCUGGGGGUCUACAUAGGGUGAGGGGGUCUGACUGGGUUCAUCAGUCUGCUCUGAGAGCAGCAGGCAAUGCCGGAAAGCCUGAGCCCGCCUGAGGUGUUGCCUCCUCCCAGGUGGUGCGGAGGCUGGUGGGCGGGCAGGCGUGCUGACAGCCGGCAGUUUGCGUGGGCUGUGCCAUCUGAUGUCUAUUCCCAGCCCUGGGAGGAAGGGGAGUCAUUUAUAUUCUGCAGGAGGAAGGAACCCAGCUGUCGCCUCUCUGACCAGUGGGCCUGGAGGGCAGGGGCACAGACAGGGCAAAAUGUAGGGCUUAGGUGGUCUGCUUAGCCCAGUCUGACUGCGUUAUAGGGAGUAGGUCACCAGCAGGAGCCUUUCUUUCUGGUAGGCCAGAUCGUGGGGGAACUUCCCUCCUCCCAUCUUUCCAUUUCUCCCUCCAUCACCACCUGCCCUCACAUCCUGGGGCAGCAGCUGGACAACCAUUAGACCUCGGUGCCAGGGCACUCUUCUUCCAGCUGGGAUCUCAGUGGCUGCUGGCAGCAUAUGCCUCCUGGCUGUGUACUCCCUCCUCCCUGUUCCCCCUCCCCCACUUCUCUGUAUCUCCUAAUGUCUGGGUACUUGCUGGGCUCCUCAGCAGCCAGGCAGAGGCCUCAAGGAAGAAGCAAAAUGGCUGCCCUUUUGCCCUUGUUCCCUGACAAGGGAAAGCUGCUUUUAAAAAUAAAGAAGCCAGCGUGCUCAGAUUUUAAAAAAAGCCUGUCAUUUGCACAGCUUUCCAUAUCAGGCUCCCUAAGUCCUGAUUCCAUAUUUGAUUGUGUUCCAAGUUUGAUUAUAUUCAGACUCAACCUUGAGGACAUUAGAAACAUAGAUGGUUUUGUAUCUAAAUCCAAAUGGUACUGGGAUUGCUAUUUUGGGUUUGGAUACCCCUCACAAGUUCUUUCCUGUAACUAACCCUUCCUUUGAGCCCUAUCAGGGCUGGGAGUAGUGUUGAAUGGCAGGAGCACUGUGUCUGAGGAAGUCACCCAGCCUCCCCUCCUUGGCUGUCAGCUCCAUUUGAGAUAGGCUGUUAUCACUUGCCAGCCUGUACCUCCUCUCCCCACUGCUCACAAGGCAGAUCACCCUUCCCUACUCUCUGACAAUGGCCUGUCCCUUCUUUCUUAUUGUCCCCAUGCAUGGCUGGUGUGGGUCUUGUUUUUCAGACCUCACUGUGGGAGAUCCAGGCAUCCUCCCUGAGCCAGCUGGCUGCUGUGCCAAGGCCUGUUCAGAGUUAAUAAUAAUCAUUAGUUGAAUGGUGCUGGGGCCUUUCAGCUCCAGAUCUCUAAGCACUUGCAGGCUGAGUCAGCCAGCCCUCACUUUCCCCUCUUCCUGCCUGCAGAGUGUGACAGAAUAGGGAGGCACUGUGGGAGAGAAGUCAGGAGUCUUCUGGCCUAUCCAUCCUUUGAGUUUUUUUCUGGGAGCAGCACUAAGACUCUUCAUAAACUAAUAAGGCCCUGAGUCCCUGACAAAGGUAGAGAGAUGUAGGGAAUACAGUGUAUGUUCAGCUGAGACUGGUGGUGGCAGUGGCAGCUGAUGACCUGGAACCUCUAGUACUCCUGCGUUUCCUUCUGUUUACCUGCCAUAGCCUCUAGGGGGCACCCUGGGUCCUCUUGGCCAAACCUCAGCUUUUUCUGGUGCCCCUCUGCAAGCUCAGGAUGCAGGGAGGCUUCUGGUUUAGUGUCCCUAUGUCUGGUUGCCAUAAAUAGCCUGUGCAUCGUGAUAUAAAAGAUACAUUGGCCUGGGAGCUGGGAAAACUGCUGUAUCAGUUUACUCAGCCCCCACCACUGCUGUGGCCAUGGGCAAAGCAGCUGGCUACUCAACCUACCUCACAGGGAUGUUGAGAGAGUUAGAUGUGAAAAAGCAUGUUAACAGGAGAUGGGAAGUUCAAAGCAUUAAACAUAUGUAUCAGGUGGUAUUAUUGUGUUCUUGUCCUUUUCUGUCUCACUGAGCCUGGCUCUGGGCUUUAUGCUUCCUAGGGAGGCAGCAAACAUUUAUGGAUAAUGAUGCUUGGGGGACCCAAGUCUGAGAGGUUGUGCUAUCAUAAGAGAACACAGACACAUUUCUUUCAAGAUGCAAGGUCAGUUCUUACGCAUUCCUGCCAGAAAUGCCACCAAGGCCAUGACCAGUGAGGUUUGCCCUAAUUGCUGCCUACCUAGCGUGUUCAAGUCAUGGGGCUAACUGCUAAUCUGUCCACCAGGUCUAACCUGAAGUACCCAGAGUAGAUACUAGGAGCUGCUCAUCACAGGUUUGUCUAAACAUCUUCUCCCUAAUUUUGUCCUCAGGGAAGAGGGGUACAUAAGCCAGGAAGUGAGGAACAAUAGAAAAUACCACAUUGUCAUCCCAACCCUCUGGUUUUCCUUCUGUAUCCUCAAGCCCUCAUGCCAGGCACUGGGGAUGCAGAACUGUGAGGGACAUGGCUUCUUGUUUCCAGGGAUCCACAGCUUGGUUUCCCUUCCUUAUUUCAGGCUCUUGGUAUAGGAUCAGUCUUCUCAUCUUCCUCCAAAUGCUUUACUGAAUUUCACACACACACACACACACACACAACAUGAAAGUCUGUUUAAAUUUGAAAUUAGAGGAAGGAGGAUACUUUCCACUCCAUUUGUCCGAGAACAGGCAGCAGUCUGCCUAGAGUGAAUGCAGAGAGACGGGAGCAACAGCAUCACAAAGGGUUGAAUAUUUGGUUUUUAUCGUGUUUUUUUCCUGUCCUGGGAUCCAGGAAUUAAAUACUAAUCAGGCAUUGUGGGCAUAAUCUCAGCCAUUCUCACAAGCAUGGGCACAAAGAAGGCAUAAACUGAAAGGUGGGAGGAUAGUGCCCUAGAUCUGUCCCGGAGGGCGGGUGGCAGUAGUCUGAGCCCUGGGCUGGGCUUAAUGCAGACAAAAUUACUUCCAGUGACUAGUAACCCCCCACACACCCCAAGGCUUGGCUAGUUACCAAUGCAGUCUCUGAAUAACAGUCCAUUUUUAACCCACCUACUAUUGUCAGAAUUUCCCAGGUGAGUUUAACCUCUUUUGGAAGCAGACUAAGGAACCAUUUCAGGCUAUUCUGUCGUAUCUGAGGAGUCAACUUUGUCUCAGUGAAUAUACCUGAGUACCCCCAGCACUGCUAUCUUUAAUGCAGAUUCCUGGUUACCUCACAGUGCAUCCUAAGUGUGCUCAGUUCUGCUUAGUCCCACACCAGAAGCAAGUUAUGAAAACUAAGGGAGAAGUGGUAGGUGAGAGAAAAGCAGCACCAAGUACCAUGCAACUCCAAUCCUCUCAACCUGUGUGUGCACUAUGCACAUACAUAUGUACACAUCCCUGGCUUUGGGGGCAAUGACUGACUUUAUGUAUGCCAGUGCCAAAGACUUGGUGGUCCCACUGCACAGCUGCAUGUUCUGGCUCACUGAAGGAUGGUUCUCUCAGGCCGCUGUUCUAUGCCUUCUUUGCUUAGGGGAUAAUAACUAGGCUGACUAGGAAGGUCCCAGGAUGUACCUUAAGUAUCUUCGACAUUUGAUAUUUUCCACCUGUCAGUAUAUAUAGCUGAUGAAAAGGCUUGAUUGAUAGCUGCUUUAGCUUUCCUCUCUCAAGCCCUAGGAGCAGCAGCAUCCAGCACAGAUUUACUGUGGCCUGCCCAGAAAAGCCACUGUCCUACUGAAGGAGCCUGAGCCUUUCAUGCUAUUUGGGUAGGGAAAGUGAAGCUACUCCACUAGUUUCCUGGGAGACAACUUAAGUGGUACAGAUACAGAAAGGGGAGGAGUUGAGAGAGCAGGUAAAAGAAAUAGGCUAGCCCAUGAUCUGAACUCUCAUUUUCUGUUCUAAAAGGCAACUGUCACAUUAGCCUCCUCCAAGUGCUACUUAAGGGCAGCGGAGAGCAAGAGAAAGUACUGUGAGCCAUGGCAAACACAAUUGCACAUUUUGGCAAAGAUCUAGGAACUUCUUGUGACUUUAGGUGGGGUAGGGCAGGAAGAGUUGAAGCAAUACAGCUGUGGACUUCCUUGGGAUGAUGGAAAGAAGAAUAUCAAAACUUAGACUUAAGACAAGCCUGGUGGCACAGGUCUAUAAUCCAGAACUCUGGGAAGCUGAGGCAGGAGGCUUGCAAAUUUAAUCCCAGCCUGGGGAACUUAGCAACUUAGGGAGACCCUAUUGAUUGUGUAAUAGGAUGGAGAUGUAGAACAGUGUGAGGGCCCUGGGUUUAAUCUACAAUACUGCAAAGAACAAAACAAACCCUGUCAGACUCAGAGAUAGGGAUGGCACAGGCCAAGAUAGAAGAGAAAAUAGGUGGUCUUUCCCAGUCUGUUUCUUUACUAGCUUCAUCCUCUAGGCCAAACUGUCAGCCACAGAAAAAACUUUGCAAACACAAAAAUCUAUAAAUGUGGACUAUGGGAGAGCUCUGACAUGAAAAUCCAUCGUUUUACUGAUUGCCAAGGUUCAUUUUUCUGAUGUGACUGGUUGUAAGAUGUCUCUAUCCUUCAUCAGCUCAGCUGUUUCUCAUGAAGUGAAAAAGCUUUAACUUCCAGCCAGCAUGAUAGUGCAUGCCUAUCAUCCCAGCUAUUUGGGAGGAUGAGGCUAGAGGAUUUCAAGUUCGAGGCCAGCCUGGGGAAUUUAGCCAGAUCCUGUCCCAAAAUUUUAAAGUAAUAUAAAAAGGCCGGGGGUGCAGCUAGUGUUUGCCCUAAUAUAUGUUAGGGACUGGUUCAAUUUCCAGGACACACAUACAUAUACAUACAUAACACACACACACACACACAUACAUGUGCACACACACAGGCAUACAUGCACACUUUCCAGACUGGGAUCUGCCUUUUCAGAUUUUACAAAUGUAAGAAAUUAGGUAAUUAUACAAAUUCUUACUCUUUCAAUUUCUUUUUCAUUUUCCCCUUGUAACAUGUUCUCUUUCCCUUUGGUAUCUACCAUGACAAUCCCCUUCUGGAAGUACCAAGAGAGUAGCCAAGGAAUUUGGCUGAUCAGAAUUUAGAAUCCAUUCCAGUUUCUGGUAGGCUAUGUCUAUACCAAAACAGUGAGGGCUGCAUUUUCUCAUUCCACACAAUACCUAGAACACACUAAACUGUCAAUAUUAAUCUGUGCAUUCGAUGAACAUACUUUUAGCCUUAAGAUGGCUACCAUUUGCAACAUGAAAAUAUGCUGGUAAUAAUCAUAAUUACAUAUAAGUGAGCAGUUUCCCAAUAUUAUUUAAAACCCAUUCCAAGCAUUUUCCCACAGUACCAUUAGUAAGCUCAAUCUAGACUUUUAAGAGAAUUCUGUGGAGAAGACAACCCUCCUCCCCAAAGACCCAGGAAAACUUCAUUGCCUCCAAGUUAUAGGAUGUCUAAACUCUUGCUGCUAAAGCCUCAGUAAUAGUCUCAGAGGUUGGCAAACUAUGGCCCACUGGUCAAACCACUCCAUUGCCUGGAUUUGUGUGGUCUGUAAUCUACUAAUAGUUUUUACAUUUUUAAAUGAUUACAAACAAAAAACCUCAAAAGACAUAUUGAAAUUAUAUAUAAUUCAAAUUUCAAUGUCCAUAAAUAAAGUUUUAUUAUAUGCUAUGGUUUGGUUAUUAUUUGAAUUUGUACCCCAAAGGUUCAUGUACUGGAAGCUUGGUCCCUAGUAUGGUUGUUUUGAGAAGUGGUAGAAACUUUAAGAGGUGGGACUUGGUCAGCAUCACUCCUGGGAGAGAUUAAUGUAGUUUUCAUGGGACCCUGGUUAGUUCCUGCAAGAGCAAGUUGUUA